GGUUUUCCUUCCUAACAGGUCACAUAAACAUGGUUUUCAGUGACAAAACCGGGAUUACGUGCUGCCAAGGGUAAAUAAUCCACAUAGUCACCAGUGAAAGCGCUUCUGCCAUCACUUCACAACAAGUGUAACACAUCGUGACGUCAGAGAUAGAAAGAAUUCGGACACAAGUUCACGCAAACUGUUGCUCCAGUUGACCAACUUCAGCACUAAGUGGACGUCACUUCAAGUUUCGCACACGUACGAUGGAGAAAGUCGUCCGUCGCGUGUGUGAAAGCCGAUGGGGAGCGUUGCUUAUCGGCGCCGUCAUCGGGAGCUGUGUGACUCAGCUCUUUACCGCCGCGCCGAGAGUUCCUCACACCACAGAACUCCGUACAUCUUCCUCCAGAAGCCCCGCAUGGCUGUUACGAACCCAAGAAAGUCAGAGUAAGUCAGUGUGGUCUGAAUACAUCAAAGAUCCCCAAUCGAAGGAAGAAAAAUUGCCGAGAAAGAUCCUGCUGGACUGCGGUGCUAACGUGGCGUCCACAGUCCAGUUGUUUCGGGAGACCUACCCAGACGGUCAGGACUUCAUCAUACACUCCUUCGAGAUAGACGAGAGGCUGGCGCCGUUCUUCGCGCCGUACCCGAACCACGUGCUACACUGUCCCACUGGGGUGUCCAUCAAGGACGGAAACAUGACGGCGUACUCGGAGUCAGCCUGGUCCCCGGAUAAAGGAAAGAACAACCGCAGAGACAUGCAGUGGGGAGGGGGGUCACUCUUUGCUUUUGAUGAUGAGAAAGCAGACACCGAGACGGGAGGCAGACGGAAGUUGUCUCAUCACCGGACGGUGCCGACAGUCGACCUGUCCCGCUGGAUUCAGGAAAACACGGCGGUGGAAGACUACGUCAUCUUCAAGCUUGACGUGGAGGGUGCCGAGUACGACAUCUUAAAGAAGAUGCUGGAGGACGGGACCUUCAAGUGGGUGGACAAAUAUUACGGCGAGUUUCACCGCUGGCAACCGGUAACAGGCUGGGAUAAGGAAGAGAAGGCAAACCUCGUGUCAGACGUAAAGACGAAAGGCAAACCUAUGAUAAGUUGGGCGGCUGAAGUCAGGAACUACGGAGACUUUAACACCAUGCACCCUCCAUUGGCAUCCGAGAGUUUUGUAGGCUCUCCGGGCACGGUCUACUCCAGCUGCUCGGCGCCCCCCUCGGGUACCCCCCGCCUGGCGCUGGCUGUUCUAGUCGGUAUGAACGUCAAGGCCGCGCACAAGUUGGUACAGACAAUAGCAGCUCAUUCCAGCAGGAUGCCGGUCACACUCUUCCUCUAUGGAGACUUCGUGGAAACGUUUCCGGAACUGGUGACGGAAUGGGCCAAAACUUUCACAAUAGGCAUGCGCGAGAACCAACCAUUUCCGCUAGGGCACUUUACGAUGCAGGCAUCGCCCUGGAUCCGGACGGGGCUAGUCAGUGCCAUACAGCGUCUGAGCGAAGUGGACAUACAGACAGCUUACUACUUACCCGAGAACGUGACAGACACCGUAAUAAACGAAGCCAAGUCUCGGGGUUUGAGGAUCAUCCAGCCGACAGCUCGCUUCCCUCCAACCGAUGAUAAAUGGCUUCUUUCUGUUGAAAACUACUACAAGUACAGAGAUGUGGAGAGGACUCCCAAAGCUCUCCGCGUCAUCACACAACAACUGGACAACAAGGGAGGCAUCGUCAGUCUGGACUCGGACCACCCGGACAGUUACAUGAGUUCAGUCUUCCUCAUGGACUAUUUGGUGGAGAAGUCCGGUUAUAAUCUAGUCAGCAUUGUGGGGUGUUUGGAGUAGUUGUUGCAUUGUUACUUUUGUUGUAUGCAAUCUAUACCUUCAUGGAAAUGGUGGUGGAUGGUAGCAACAACAAUUGCCUCCAAUAGUGGAUAUCUGCCUUGUUUAUGCAAGCUGGUAGAAUAGUAAUGAACAAUUAAGACAAGUUAAAUAUGCCUUCAAUGUACACUGGUGUAUCAUAGUGUAGUGACUUCCUCUCAGUACGAUACAUUUACCACGUGCCUGUAUCAAAUUGCAUAGCCAGUUUUGCUGUGUGCUCGACCGUAUGUGAAGGUUAUUUGUAUUUAAUAGGCUAUUUUUUGUAUGUUCUGUCUUGUCAAUAUGUUCUACAAAGUAGCUUAGAACAGACCACUGAAAGGCAGAAAUGUUAUGGUGCAUCAUUAGAACAUUACUUCAUUAGCAAUGAACUGUUGUCGCGGCGUGUUACAUUUUAUGGCUUUAUUUGUUGCAUAUUUCUUAUAUGUGCCAAUGAAGAGCUGUCCAGUUGCAACUUGCCCAUCGUUCACCAUUACAGAUUGUUAGUGCUCUCAAUUAGUCUCACACAAUAAUGAUUGGUAUUAAAAUGUUUCAAGUACAA